AUGCUGCAAAGCUCGCUUGCCUUAACUCGUCUUUCGCCAACAAAAUUCGUUUCUACAAUACCAGGGAAAGCACAACCCGGACGUAAUGCCACUUCUGGUGGAACCUUGAUGGCACAAUCGCUAUGGGCUGCGAUCAGGACAACUGACGAGGCGUUUGAACCAUCGUCCCUCCACUGCUACUUUUUGAAGGCCGGGGAUGUAAAGGAGCGCAUCACGUACGAGGUGGAGAGCUUAAGAGAUGGCCGGAGCUUUGCCCAUCGCCAAGUCCGGGCCCUCCAGCAUAAGGAAGUUAUAUUUUUGGCGACGGUUAUGCUGAAGUAUGUCGGCACCACAAACGACAGCAGUGCCUUGUCGGAAAUUGAGACGGUGAACUAUUCAAACAGACCUGACAAUUUUCCCGUAUUGUCCAAGUUGGUCCCAGCUACACAGCUUUUUCAGUCAGAGGUUAUUGGAAAUUUAAAAAGAUACCAGAAGAUCAUUCGUCCUUGGGCCGACUCAUCCGCUUUGGAUCCAUUUGUACAGCGGUUCGAAGGCGGACCCAUAGAAUAUCGUUUCCCUCCUGACCUAUUCAUCCCAGCAGAUUUCCACGAUACAACUAAGGUGAAACAUCUACCACAUUUGGACUACUAUCAACGAGUAAGACAGCACGCUGCCGAGGAGUCUGUCACAGGAGUGGAGUGUCAGACUUUAGAAGCACGUGACCCAAGGUUUUCCUAUGUUGAGUUCACGUAUCUGUCGGAUACCUACUUUGUGCUCUGCUUAACUUAUUUCCAUCUGCUUCCACUUUACUGCCACAAAUUUAGUGUUUCGCUAGAUCAUACUAUCCAUUUUCAUAAGCGGCCAAACACCAAAGCCUGGCUGGCUCAAAGACUAACCAACCCCAUAUCAAACGAAAACAAACAUAUUAUGCGUGGGGAAUAUUAUGACCUUGAUAGAAGUCCAGUGGCUUCAGUGUCACAGGAAGGACUUGUCGUUUACGAAAAUCCAUCUUCUAUUCGAGCUAGGUUUUGA